GUCAAACAACGUAAAUUGUAAGUUUCAUUCAUCAGAAUUGUGUUCAUCAUGUGGCCACUCAAUUGUGCGUUUGUGCUGCUGAUCUUUAUGAUCUGCGGCUGUGCGGCUAAGGAGUAUAAAAUAUUCUGCCAAUACGAUUUGGGUUCUUAUUACUACAAGAAUGCGAGCAAGUUUUAUUCCUGGAAUGUUGAUCUUAGGCUCUGCACGCAUUUGGUCUAUGGCACUGGCGUGGGUGUGAAUGGGGAGACGGGCGUCUUGAAGAUCACUGACAAAUAUCUGCUGCUUGAAAAUGAUAUGCUCAAUGUCGCACACCGCCUCAAGCGAGAAAAUGUGAAGAAGGUAAUGUUCACGAUCGGCGGCUGGCUGGAGGAGUCGAGCGACUUCUCCAGGAUGGCAGCGGACUCUCGCAAGCGGGAUCGAUUCUUCACCUCGCUGAUCGAGUUCAUGUACGAGUGGCGCUUCGACGGAGUCCAGAUCGACUGGCGCUAUCCCACGCAGCGCGGCGGCAAGCCCGAGGAUCGCAGGAACUUUAUCCUAUUGCUGGAGGAGCUGAAGAUAGUUUGCCAGGAGCAUCAAUUUGUUCUGAUGGUGGCCGUGUUGGGGCGCACUGACAGGAGGACCCUGGAGUACUACGACAUUCCCAAACUGGUCAAGCAUGUGCAUUACAUAAACCUGAUGCACCACGACAAUCGGGAUCCGUAUGAGAUGCGUCUCGGCUACAACGCCCCGCUCUCUGGCGAAAACAGCGUCGUGGACUCCGUCAAGCUCUGGAAGAAGCUGGGCAAGGCGCCAGCUAAGCUGAUCCUCAACAUUCCGCUCUUUGUGCGCUCUUACAUCAUGGACAAUCACCAGAACACCGUCGGUUCCCCGUGCAAGGGCCCUGGCCUCAAGACUCCGCUGACCCGCGAGCCUGGCUUCAUGACCUACGGCGAGUGGUGCGGCUUCGCCAGCUCGUGGACACAGAAGUUCGAUGAGCAGGCCCAGGUGCCGUAUGCCUACAAGGGCGACCAUUGGAUUAGCUACGAGAAUGCACGCAGCAUCUGGGCGAAGAUGCAUCUGCUGAAGAGCCAUAGCCUGGGUGGCGCCAUGGCCUGGACCAUCGAUUCGGAUGACUUUUACGGCAAGUGCGGGGAGACGCACAGCUUGGGGCGUGUCAUACUCGCCGCACUCGGAGACAUCACCAUACUGGCACCCGAGCCAUCGACAACAGAGUCAAUGGGUCUCUGCCCGAAGAAUGGAUUCUUUCGCCAAAUGUGGGACUGCCAGCUGUACUACGAGUGCCUCAAUGGUGAGCGCAUCGAUUACGAGUGCCUGCCCGGCUACUACUUUGAUGAAGCCCGAAUCGAGUGCAUGCCCAAGGAGCAGGUGAAGUGUGAUCAGAACUUUGUCACCUGGCGUCCGGGCAUGCCCCUCUACAACUUCGAAAACAUGCCCGUAAAUCUGAAGAUUGUCGAGUAGCCCGAACCGCAAACAAGUGAACCAAAUACAAAACGAAUAUUACUUAG